UAUGGCAGCAUGACUUUUACGGGUUGCUAAGGUCCAGCAUCUGUAAAGGAAAUAAUGGCCUCGGCGUAAAUAUCCCUUAAUUUAGCCUGCAUUUCAGUUUGACACUCAAGACGUCAACAGGCCCGACUAUGUAAGCACGUUGUUUGGUGUAUUUGUCCAUCGCAGGAUAGCUAGCUGACGGUAAAGACGAUGAAGGGUUUGAGCACCGGCCGGCCGACACGUUCAGUCUUACUAGCCAUCUUUCUGCUAAGUUUGAGUGGGCAUGUGGUGAAAGCUGCCUCCGACCAUGACCCCUACACCAUCCUGGGUGUCAGGCGGACCGCCAGUCAAGCAGAAAUCAAACGGGCAUACAAGAACCUUGCUAAGGAGUGGCACCCAGAUAAGAACAAGGACCCUAAUGCUGAAGAUAUGUUUAUCAAGAUUUCCAAGUCGUAUGAGAUUCUAUCUAACGAGGAGCGAAGGUCUAACUUCGACCGUUAUGGGCAGAUGGAUGAAAACCAGCCGUUUGGCCAGUCGCAGCAUCAAGGCUUCCGCAGCUUCCAGAACAGUUUCUACUUUGAUGAGACUUUUUUCCAAUUUCCCAGGUCCAGGGACUUUGCAGACAGCAAGUACAUGCUUCACCAUGCACAGUUUAACAGUGACGUGAUUCCAGACAGCUUCAAGAGGCCGUACCUUAUCAAAGUGACUUCUGACUGGUGCUUCGCAUGCAUUCACAUUGAACCUGUUUGGAAAGAGGCGGUGCAGGAGCUGGAACCUCUGGGUGUGGGCGUUGGCAUUGUGGACCUGGGUUAUGAGCGCCGCUUGGCCAACCAGCUGGGAGCUCACCGUGUUCCCUCCAUCAUCGGACUAGUAAAUGGCAGGGUGACCUUCUUCCACCAGGCCGUGGUGCGCGAGCAUCUGCGCCAGUUUGUUGAAGAUCUGCUGCCUCAGAAACUGGUGGAGAGGAUCAACGAUAACAACUACCAGGAAUUUCUUGAAAGCUGGCGUGUGGAAAACAAGCCCAGACUUCUCUUGUUUGAUCAAAUCCCUGUUGUGCCACUAUUAUACAAGUUAACAGCAUUUGCCUUCAGAGACUACGUACGCUUCGGCUAUGUGGAUCAGGGUGAGACACACAACACUCAGAUCCUGCGGCAGUUCAACAUUAACACCUACGCCCCCACGAUGCUGCUGUUUAAAGAAGAUGCAGAGAAACCUGUUGACAUCAUCCAGGCCAGAGGGAUGAAGCGGCAGAUAAUGGAUGAGUUUGUCUCCAAUAACAAGUUCCUGCAGGUGCCACGGCUGGUUAGCCAGCAGCUUUUCGAUGAACUUUGUCCCGUCAAGCAGUUCCACCGUCGGAGGAAGUACUGUAUACUCCUGAUCACUGGGGAGGAUGAAGCCUUUCUUCCAGCUAAUAAGGCCUUUCUGGACUUUGCCUCAGCUAACAAAAAAGAUGUGCUGCGGUUUGCGUACGUUUAUCAGCGUCAGCAGCAGCCUCUUUGUCAGGCGCUCCUUCACAACCAGGACGUCAUCUCACCUCAGGUGGUGAUUCUGGAGAGACGGAGCCAGGCUGGGAGGGUGCUGUACCGCUCUGUGAGUGGCGGCUGGAAUGGUAGCGAGGAAGACAAAUACCGCCUCCAUGAGCAGCUGGAGCUCCUUCAGAAGGACCCCACCUACCUGAGCUCAGACACAACCCUGCCAGAACUCAACAAUGAGAUGGCCCCCAUCUUUAUCGUUCAGUGGAUGAAUGCAGCUUACGAUUACAUCCUUCAAAUAUAUGACAGCCUUCUUUACUCCAACUGGCGAGAGAUGAUGCCCAUUUUGUCGUUGAUCUUCUCUGCUCUAUUCAUUCUUUUUGGCACCGUGAUCAUCCAGGCUUUCAGUGAGCCAGGUGAGAGUAAAACCCGAAAACCAAAGCCGAAAGAGCACCCAACAACGCAAACUGAAGAAGAUGCAUCAAGCAGAACAAAUACUUCAAGCCGUCCUCCAAAGAAGGACUUUGUGGAGGUGACGGAGCUAACGGACAUCACAUACACCAGUAACCUGGUCAAACUGAGACCGGGUCACAUCAACGUUGUGCUGGUACUUACCAAUGCUUCCAAGAAUGCUUUGCUCAGGAAAUAUGCCAAGGAGGUUUUCUCUUUCUCUGGGAGUCAGACCCUCCACUUCUCUUUCCUUAAUGCUGAUAAGCACCGCAGCUGGAUGCCCUCGCUCCUGAGCUCAGCUUGUUAUGCCGGACAAAGCGAGAGUCAUUCCGAUGACGAAGAGUCUUCAGAUUAUACCGGCCAUGUCUUGGCACUCAAUGGCUAUAAGAAAUAUUUUUGCCUCUUUAGGCCUGUCUUCACAGGGGACGACCCCAAGGACUCUUCAUCUGAGACUUCAUUUGACAGUAAGAGAAAUUCCCGCUCCAGGUCCAGGUCUAGCUCGCAUUCUCGAUCUCGGUCCCAUUCCAGGGAGGAGGGAGCUGUACCCAAAAGAGGCUCCUCCAGUAGGGCCACUAGCAUAGAAGUCCACCAUAAGCUCGACAGGCUGGGACUCUGGAUGGAGAGGCUAAUGGAGGGAACUCUUCCCAGAUUACAGGUCCCUGGAUGGCCAACACUUGAUACCAACAACACUUCUUCCACAGAAAGCUGAGAUUAAUGUAAGAAAAGUUACACUUUUUAGUUUUGCCUCCUGAUUAAGUACUCUAGUGAGAAAACUGCUCAUCAACAUUAUGGGUUUUCAAUGAUUAUAGAAGAUAAUUUUUUAACAAUUGUGGAUCCCUGCUAAACUGUCGAAAGCUCACGGGUGGUGCUGGCAUGCAACAACACCUUGCAGUUGAGUGUCAACACUAAAAUGCAAAUGUUAGACUUAUCACAUUCAUGUGCUUUAGAAUAACACCAGGCGUUUGUGUUGCUGUCGUCUCCUUUAGCUGCUGCCUCCACAUUGAUUCAGUAAAAUCGUGCAUCAUAGAAAAUGCCUUUUUUGCACUACUUUGAUUUUUAAACACAUAAAGCCUCUGAAGCUUUGACAUCUUUAGAGUUUGAUGUUAGCAUUACGUUCCCUUCUAAUGGAAUAUUCUGCUUCAUGUGCAGAUCUUCACCUGAGCUUUCCGAGGCUGCAAGUUAGCAAUGUCCUGCGGUCAGUUGCACUGAAUUCAUAAUGACUAUUAGUUCAUCUAUACUCUUUCAUUUCUUAGAUCUUACACUUAGUCCCAAAACUAAAUUUGUGAAAUUAAAAACCUCAUCUCCAUUUAUAUUUUGUUUUUGAGACAUGGAUUAAUAGUAACAAAAAAUUGCAUCCAGAAAACCAUUAAAGGUGCUCCACACGGCUUUUUUGUCCCAUUUCCUCAGUAAAUGUAAAUACAUGGGGUAUGUUGACCUAAAUAUUGAAGAGGAAGCAGCUUUGGUUGUUUCUACAGGCAGCUGAAUUGCUUAACUUCCCUUUUCGCUGCUGCUCCACAAAUAAUACUGAUAUGCCUUUUUUUUUCUCAGUCCUUUGAACUUGAUCUUUGCUCAUAUCUAACUGAGAAAUGAAGUGCAACUCAAACUUUCUUUUAUUGUGUUUAUUUAUUAAAAUGUUUGAACAUUU